AUGGCGAGAUUCGCUCGGCUGGCUAUCCUUCUGUCCUUGGUCUGCCUAGUUCUGUCGUCUACACGAUGCCAAGCGCAAGAUCCAGCGGCGAAUGAGGACUACCCGCCAGAGCCGCAAAACGCGGGAUUCGCCGGCGAGGGAGAGGGGGACUACCCAGCAAACGUGCCUGCAGACGGCGAGCAGGGCGUGCCCCAAGACCCCUUCAACCAGGACAUUCCGCCUGAAGACAUUCCCGCCGACCAGCCGCCAGCUGACGAAGCGCCGGUCGAUGAGCCGCCGGCGGACGAGCCUCCUAAGACGGACGAGCAGAUCGCGCAGGACAUGGAGAACAUGCCGGCCGGCACCGUUGUCGGCGGCGAUGCUACCGAGCCGUCAGGUCUGACGCCCACAGAACAGGCGGGAACAGUGGAGGGCGACUUUUAUUCCAAGUACGACUUCCAAGGGACGUACACGAAGAUGCAGAGCGACGGGAUUGGUCCCGAAGGCAUCAUCGGCAUUGUUCUCGGAGUGACUUUCGGCAUGGCGUUCUGCCUCUUGUGCGUCUGCAUCUGCUGGAUCCGACAGCGCAAUAUCCACCGCGCCAAAUUCGGCUACACCGGGUACGUCCUGUAA